UAAACCUUCACUGGGAGUCUAGGGUUUCAGUCUCCUUCGAUUUCUCUGCGCUUUGAAGCCGUCUGAGACGAACAGCUUCGCAGAGCUUCAUCUGAAACCCUAACCAUGUCCUUGGUAGCGAACGAGGAAUUUCAACACAUACUUCGUGUGCUCAACACGAACGUCGAUGGGAAACAGAAGAUCAUGUUUGCUCUGACCUCCAUCAAAGGUAUUGGCCGCCGUUUCGCUAACAUCGUCUGCAAGAAAGCCGAUGUCGACAUGAAUAAGAGAGCUGGUGAGCUCUCAGCUGCGGAGCUUGAGAACCUCAUGGUGAUUGUUGCCAAUCCUCGCCAAUUCAAGAUCCCCGACUGGUUUCUUAACAGGAAGAAGGAUUACAAGGAUGGGAGGUAUUCUCAGGUUGUUUCCAAUGCGUUGGACAUGAAGCUGAGGGAUGACCUUGAGCGACUGAAGAAGAUCAGGAACCAUCGUGGUCUCCGCCACUACUGGGGUCUUCGUGUCCGUGGGCAACACACCAAGACAACUGGCCGCAGGGGAAAGACUGUUGGUGUCUCCAAGAAGCGAUGAUCUGUUCUAUUCCCUAUUUUUAAUAUGCACUUUUGUCCUUGGGCAUUUUUGAUUGGUGUCAGCUGUUUUUCUCAGUUUAGUUUGUUCAACAACAUUUACAUGAGCACAGUUUCUCUCUCGAUUUGAGUUGUUCUUGGAUGUUUUUAGUAGUGAUUACUUCUCAUAUCUUUCUUUUAAUGAUAUUAUGACUUUACUUUUUCCCA